AUGAUAAUCUCAAUUAUAAUUUUAUAUACUAUUGGUUUAACAUCUUUAUUUAUGAAUCGUCGACAAAUAAUAAUAAUUUUAUUAAGAAUCGAAUUUAUGUAUAUAUCUUUGUUGUUAAUAAUAUGUAUUUAUUUUUCUUUUUUUAAUAUUUUAAGAAUUUUUGUAUUUUUAAUUAGUAUUGUUUGUGAAGCUGGUUUAGGAUUAAGUUUGUUGGUAUUAAUAAGUUUUUUUUAUGGAAAUGAAAUAAUGAAUUCUUUAAAUUUAAUUAAAUGUUAA